GAUUUACCUCCACAGUUUGCGGACAGCGACAGUCAGACGCCUGUGCCAUCAGGCAUUCAAGGCUGCAGCCUCGACCGCGGAUCUGUUAAGGCUACUGUUUCUACGGCCAUGACUCUGUCGGCAUUCCUCCUCGUCGGCUCGCUAUCGUUCGUCUUCGUCGAGGAACAGGCGGCGUGGAGGACACAAGUGCCCCUGUUUGAGAUCGGCAGGAACGGUGUUCUGAAGCGUAUUCAUCUGCAGCGGCCGUCCAAAACCUCCCAUCGGACGAAGCGCUCUGUCGAAGUCCCUCACCCACUGGCCCCAGAAUUGCAUAGCUCCGAUAACAACACGAUGAACCUGUCGAUCGACCUGCUGCUGAUCGCCGACGAUUCCGUGUACGACAGCUUUCUGACAGCCAGCAAUGGGGAUGAAUACUCAUGCGUCAGCGCCAUCCAUCAAUACUUCAGUGGCAUUCUGUACGAGGUGUCCAGGAUUUACAGUAGUAACAAGUUAGGCGACAUGAAGUUCACUCUUUAUCCAGUCGGCAUCAUUAUCACCAAGCACCAGUCCCAAGUGCCUUGGACUUCAGAAGACAUGUACGAUAAUGAAAGUAGCAAUGAGCAUCGCCUGAAAGCCGCUGAAGCAUUGAUGGCGUUCAAAGACUGGAUACAAAGGGAACGUGACAACCUGCCAGAACACGAUCAUGCCAUGGCAAUAACCAAGCGAGACCUGAGCCGUUCCGGAAUCGCAUACAUUAAAUCCAUAUGCAAAAUUGGCGAGUCAAUAAGUUUGGUUGAGGACCUUGGUGGUAUGGCAACGGCCGCAGUAGCUGGACACGAACUUGCCCACAGCCUGGGUGCGCAGCACGACGGAGACAAGAUCAAUGACUACUGCCCGACGGACCACAACUACCUCAUGGUUCCCGGUGUGUCGUCAAGCAGGGAUACGGUAGCCAACACAUUCACGUUUUCCAACUGCACUGUCAAGCAGAUACGGGAACACAUAUUCCGUCGGAAUGGUUCGGCCGUCCUACAAUGCUUGCAGCGGCAUCGAGUGAGGAAGAGGCGACAUUUUGGCUUUAAGAAUAUCGGCGCUCACCCAGGACAACUAUUUGAUGCCAACCAGCAGUGCCAGCUUGCCUUUGGUGCUACCUUCCGCUAUUGUAACGCGGUCGAAGAGGGUGCCAAGGAUUGCGAAACGUGCGACAUUGCAAUGAAUGUGAGUUUCCGUCAGAUUCGCCCGAUCGCUGAUCAACAGACCGACCAACAGCGUAAUGCGAUUUAUACGAUCGACCAACCGUUCAUUUACUAUUUCUAA